CCGCGCUGACAUCGCUCACCAUGGACAGCUUCGACUUGGCUCUCCUGCAGGAAUGGGACCUGGACUCGCUCUGUGUCUAUGAGCCGGAUAGAAAUGUGCUGCGAAGGAAGGAAUGGGAAAGGAGAAAUCAGGAGGCCCAGCAGGAAGAUGGCACAUUUAACACGAGUUACUCCCUCUUCAGUGAACCAUACAAGACUAACAAGGGAGACGAGCUCUCAAAUCGCAUCCAGAACACACUUGGCAACUACGAUGAAAUGAAAGACUUGUUAACUGAUCGAUCAAACCAGAGUCACCUUGUCGGGGUCCCAAAACCUGGCAUUCCCCAGGCCUCUCUUCCUAAGCCUGAUGAGCACCUCAUUGCUGAUUCAAGACCUCUGCCACCUCCACCAGUUUGCAGCGCUGCUUCUUCCACACCAGCAGCUCUACCUGCCCAACAGAACAAAAGCUCCACGAUGGCUUGGCAGAAGGCCGGGCACAACUCAGCUUCAGAGGGCCAGCAGAGAGCAAGCAAGCAUGGGCACAGGUCACUGGAGUCGCACAAGAGCGACUUCAAACUGGCUAACCAAAAAUCUGGUCUGGACAAACUGAAACGCUAUGCAUCUAGUCCCACCUCCUCCUCCUCCAACACUGCCCAGCAGAGCUCGCUGAGGUCAACACUGGGAGACAACGUCACCAGAGUGCAGCAGCAGUUGAAGCUAAGCUGUGCUUCCGAAGGAGCAGCUCAAGUGCAAGAGAGACCAGCAAAGCACGGUGGUGGGCACUGUGUCCAAAACUUCCCACCUUCACUAGCUUCUGUUCAGCAGAAACCGACGGCUUAUGUGAGACCGAUGGAUGGGCAAGACCAGGCCCCUGAUGAGUCUCCAAAGCUGAAGUUAUCAGCAGAGACAACCAAAUCAUACAGGGGAGUGCCUUCUAGCAAGGCUGAUUCAGCCAGGACCAAGUCAAAGAUAACAAAGUUCAGCAUUCCUAAGCAAGAUGAGGACAGUGGAGCAGGAGAUAACAGCUGCAUUGAAGAAAUAUUGCGGGAGAUGACCCAUUCUUGGCCUCCACCGCUGUCAGCUAUUCAUACACCAGGCAAGGUAGAGCAAAGCAAGUUUCCCUUCCCAAACAAGGACUCACAACAGGGAUCCACAGGACACAGCAAUACAAGAAAAAGUGACGUAGAGCCAAAGAGUCCAGAGAAAAGUGCAACCCAUACAUCAAUGCUAGAAGAUGACCUCAAGUUAAGUAGCGAUGAAGAAGAGAAUGACCAGCAGGCAGCACAGAGAUCUGCUCUCCGCGUUCUAUCUGACAGCCUGGUUGUGCCGCAGCCCAAUUCCCGAGCCUCAGGACUCUCCAGCAAGGGGUCAAGCAGCAGCAGUUCCAGUGAAUCUGAGACCAGCUCCGAGUCUGACUCAGAAAGUGAAAGCAGCUCCAGUGAGAGUGACGGCAGCAAGCGCUCGCAUUAUUCCAGCCCCGAGCCCGAGCCGCCCUCGUCCAACAAGUGGCAACUGGACAAGUGGUUGAACAAAGUCACCCCACACAAGGCGCCCAUCCUGACCCACCAUGACAGCCCGGCCCUGGAGAGCCAUCCCUACUACGGCCGUGUGAAGCCAGAGCGGCAGGACUGCGAGAAGACACCAGCCACCAGCACAACUGACCCUCACAGUGGGGACAGCCGGGUUGUUGCCACCACAGCCACCGCCGCGGCCUCUGCAGGCAGUGGGGACGGCCCGCGGCCCCGCACCGCAAGCAAAGCACCAGGCAGCAAGGGGGGCAGGCAGAAGUCGCCCCCCACCGCGGACAGCGGCCCCCCGCGGCGGGCGGGCGGCAGCACCAGCGACCCGCCACGAGCCCGGCCCGGCAGCGGUGGUGGCAGCAGAGCCGGGCAUCGCCGUGAGCCUCGCUCCUCCGCAGCCGGCGAGAAGAGACGGGCCAGGGGGCCGAGCAAAACGGCACCCAAAUCCAAGGAGUUCAUCGAGACUGAGUCGUCGUCUUCAUCGUCUUCUUCUGACUCGGGCUCUGAGUCAGAGCGGGAGGAGCGCCCGCUGCCCAAAGCGCCGGCUGGGGCCGAGGCGCGGGCCAAGGACUCGGGGAGCAGCGCUGCCCCCAAGGCCCACAGCGGCUGCAGUGCCUUUGGCUCCAUUAAUGCCAGGACUAGUAGUGAAAUAGCAAAGGAGCUGGAGGAACAGUUUUACACCCUGGUUCCUUUCGGUAGGAAUGAGCUCCUGUCUCCUCUGAAAGACAGUGAUGAGGUAAAGUCGCUGUGGGUCAAAAUUGAUUUGACUCUUUUGUCCAGGAUUCCAGAGCGCUUGCCCGAAGAGCCGCUGGCCAUGAGCGCCGGAGCAAAUGAGGCGGCCAGCCUCCAGCAGACUAGUAGUGCCGCUCCCCUGGCAGAGAAGGGCUUACCGAAACCUAGAAGGAAACGCAAGUGUGAGAAUGAGGAGGAGUACAGAGAUAUCAAGAAGACUCAUUUAGAACGAGAGAGUGCUUCACGAUUAGCUGCGCCUGCCCAUAGCAUCACAACAGCAAAUCACUGCAAUAUGAAUGAAAACAGCUUGGCAAUACCAAUAAAUAAAAAUGAGAAAAUGCUUCGGUCACCCGUCUCUCCCCUCUCUGAUGCAUCAAAACACAAAUACUCGAACGAUGAUUUAACUUCCUCCAGCAGACCUAAUGGCAGCAAUCUAUUACCUUCCAUCUCCUCCAGCAAAAAACAUAAGGGUGAAAUCCAGUUGCAGCCACAUGCCGGAGACUUCAAUAAAGCAAUUCACAUCAAUUCAGAAAAUGUUCUUCUCUGCAAUAAGCCACAGUCCCAGACAGAGCCUUGGUCGCCUUUGUCCAGCACACCCAGGGACUGCAGAAGGACAAAGCUUAUCUUUGAUGAUAUGCCACACAAUGCAGAUUACUUUAUGCAGGAAGCUAAACGGAAGAAGCAUAAAGCAGAUGCAAUGGUGGAAAAGUUUGGAAAGGCACUGAAUUAUGCAGAAGCAGCACUGUCAUUUAUUGAAUGUGGAAAUGCAAUGGAACAAGGCCCAAUGGAAUCUAAAUCCCCUUAUACAAUGUAUUCAGAAACAGUUGAACUCAUCAGGUAUGCAGUGAGGCUAAAAACCCACUCAGGCCCCAACGCCACAGCAGAAGACAAACAGCUGGCAGCAUUAUGUUACCGCUGCCUGGCUCUUCUGUACUGGAGGAUGUUCCGGCUCAAGAGGGACCAUGCCGUCAAGUAUUCGAAAGCUCUCAUUGAGUAUUUCAAGAAUUCAUCAAAAGCUGCCCAGACCCCAUCGCCUUGGGGUGCCAGUGGAAAGAGCACGGGAACGCCAUCACCCAUGUCUCCUAGCCCUUCUCCAGUCAGCUCUGUAGGGUCUCAGGGGAGCACAGGGGCCCCUUCCCCAUCUCCCAUAAUCAGCAUCCCGCAGCGCAUUCAUCAGAUGGCCGCCAACCACGUCAGCAUCACCAACAGCAUCCUGCACAGCUAUGACUACUGGGAGAUGGCUGACAACCUGGCCAAGGAGAACAGAGAUUUUUUUAACGACUUGGAUGCGUUGAUGGGACCUGUCACCUUGCACAGCAGUAUGGAGCAUUUAGUUCAGUACACUCAACAAGGACUUCACUGGGUGCGGAACAGCGCUCAAUUGUCAUAAUGACUGUGUGCCAUUCGCGGGGACUGUAAAACUUUCACGGAUAAUUCAGUUAUUCUGGACACUGUGCUACAGAAAUAGUCAGCCACAGCAUUGAUCCAAACAAAGGUGAAUAUUUCGUCAAUGUUGAACCAAUUUUUUUCUGAGUGUAGACAUAUCUGUGUGUGCAUAUACAAUAUACAAUGAUGUCUCUUCAGAAUGAAUUGUUCCCUACCACUCUCCAAACAUUUUCGUACACUAGAAAUACUAGAAAGAACUGAUCUUAAUACACCAAGUAUAUUACUUCUACUCUCGUGCUGAAAAACUCAGAAUCCAAAAUCUCAUGGGCUGAUUGAACCAAGUGCAAUAAGCACAAAUCCCUAUUCAGGAGAGCUCUCAAUAGACUCUUAAAUUUAAGCUGGCACUGAAAUCCAUUGACUUCAGCGGAGCUUAAGCACAUACAUAAGGGCUUUCCUGAACUGGGAUGACUGGGGGCAAAUCACGGCCACAGAGAACUUCUCCAGAGAGCGCAGACAUGCCAUAGAAGUUUCAGGAUUAAUGUUCCCUCUUGCUGUUACUUCCCCACUGGGUCACACAGAGGAGUUGUGUAGACUGCAUUAAUAUGGCGAAAGAAGACAUUCCUUCAUGUGCAAUAGCUUUCAACAGAUUGCAUGCAUUUCUUUAUCCCUCGUCUUUUUAAAUAAGCUUACCUCUUGUUCAGCUCCUCACCAACAGUAUGACCUACAGUUUCAGGCAAAAAGCCUGAAAAACAGAUAUGCUAAUAGCAAGAACUUAAAAUAGACUAGAAAAUUGCAUUUUGUUACUGACAGCAAAUAGAUAAAUGGAAAAAAAAAGCAAACU